AUGGCAUGCAAAGCUUCAUUUAAUUUAUAUCACAACUUUCCUAAGUUAGCUGAAGAAGCUGGUUUUACUUUCAACAUACACCGACCACGAGUACAAAUCGAGUGGAAUAAGAUACGUCUCAUCGAUGUUGAAAGUCUAGUGAGGGAAAGAAAAUUUGUUAUUAUAGAGCAACACAUUAACGACAUACUAGACUGUGUAUUAGAAUCGGAGUUCGAUGUAAGAAUAUUAGAUGCAGGAUUUGUGAAGUUAUAUAGACUAGCUCAGUUGGCAGUUGAAUAUCAACAAUUUUGCCGCCAUUACUUGGACAGAAGCGUGUUUGUAUUACGAGAAGAGAUCUCCAGUUUGGCCAAGGAAUUGGAGACCACUAAAAGAGAACUUCGAGAAAAGGAAGACGAACUGCGGCGUUUACGAAAGAAGUCCCGACAAGUUAUACGUACACCCCUACCAUACGGCAAUGAAAAUAUAGCUACAAUGAUUCUUAAUACGCUGAAGAAUCAAACGAAUUUAUUUCCCACUGCUCCACACUUGGAUACCUUAGAGCAUAAUAAGCGUCACCCGAAUGUUACUGAAAUUCCACAGAAGGACAGCAAUACAGAGGAGAAUUCUAAAUUAUAUCAUGAAAUAGAGAAUUUAAAAGGUAAAUUGAAGGAAAUGGAAAAUGUUAUAUCCCAACCGAACGAAUCAAAGUCAAAUUUUAUCGAAGCAAACACAAGCAAGAAUGACAAUAGGUCUUCCGAGGUUAUUAACAUCCAAAGUAAAACAGAAACAAAAGACGCAGAAGUUCUCACUCAAGAAAAUGGAUUGCACCAAAUAGAAGAAUGGAGGAAACACGAAUUUGACAACUAUAAUAAGGAAUUAAAUGUAUUGAAAUCACAAAUAAACCAUUUACUUGACGCUGAAAAGGACAAGAAAACGGAAAAUACCAAAUCUAAAGAUGAUUUCGAAUUUAUUAAUAAAUUACAGAUGACAAUUAAACAACAAGGAGACGAACUAUCAUCUCUAAAACAAGAAUUGCUAAAUUCAAAGUGUAUAGCGGAAAGUAAAGAAACUGAAACAAAAAAGGAAUUUGAAGUGCAAAUGGCUCGCUGGACCAGGAAAGUGGAAGAUCAGUCAAAUGAAUGUAAAAUAUUAUUACAAAAAUUAAAUGAAACAGCAAAAGAAGUCCAUCAAUACAAAGAGCUUGCAGAAGCAGAAAGAGGAAAGGUUUUAGAAUUACAAAAGGUAAUUCAAAGUCAAAAAGAAUUGGAAAAUGUUACAAAGCCUGAACAGAUAAAUCAUGUCCAUCAUAAAGGACCUCACCAAAUGCCUGACAGAUUGACUUUAGAGAAAUUGCAAAAACAAGCAGAGGACCUUCUGAAAUUAGAACAAAGCACCUCUGAUAUAUCGUCGUCUAGUGAGCCUAGUCGUAAUAUGUACAAAGAAAAAAAUAAAGUGGUGACAAUUCAAAAGAAUGUAGAGAAAUCUAAGAUAGAUACGACUCAUCCGUUGUAUAAAAAGAAACCUUUCUUAAAAGCUAACCCAGGCAAACAGCAUAAAGUGAAUUACACGAAAAAACUUAAAAAAAAGGAAAAGGAACAGAAAAAUAAUUGUGUAUCAAAGAAUAAACAUGGUUCAAACAUAUUUCCAGUGAGUCCUGUUAAAGUUGUGAGAGCUAAAGUUACGGAAGCAGUCAAUCAAUGUCUUACUGAACUUGGAGUAGAUCCCCUGAAAAACAGAUUACCAAAAACUGUAUUUCAAAACCAAAGGGCAGUAUUACAGGAAAAACGAGAAGUAAAGGUUAAGAAAUAUCCCUCAAGAGAAAUAAUUUAUCAUUCUAUUUUAACACAUUUAGAUAAGAAUGCCACUGUACCGCAGAAGAGUGUGAGUCAAGACACUUUUUUAAGUCAACCCUCUCCUGGAAAAAGUAAUAAAGCAUACAGGUUUUCGUCGGUUAUUUCGAAUGUAAAGACAAAAGCAUUAUCUCUGGUUAAGUCAAAUGAGAAACUGAAAAACAAGAAUGAAAAGAUAACAAACUUCGUGGCUGAUAAAACGCUAACUGUGCACAAUGGUUCUCCCGCCUCAUUAGAAUAUAGUCCUAAAAUUGAUAAAAAAUCUAAGGUUCGGUCGAAAGAUGAGACGGUAACAGCGGAUGAUGAAACUUAUUUAAAAAGACAUACAAACUUAGCUCACUCCACUCAUAAUAAUUCAGAGACCAGCGAUGACUCUGUAUCUCAAGAUAAUGCCCCAAUUAAGUAUGCCAGAGAAUCGAAACCUAACGGUAAUCAACCUAUAACACUUACAAGAUCUCAAACUAAACCCAAAAGCGAGUUGGACAAUCACAACGAAAAGGAAAAUGAUAUAGCUAGCUUUAAACGUGACAUCAAUGCCAAGCUGAAACGUGAUCCAACAGUAAAAGACCAAAAUUCUUUGAGUAAGUAUAAUUUAAGCAGUGAUGAUAUGGAGUUGUUGGAUGAUUCCAAAGGAAGUAUUAGUCUAAGGCAAACCAGAGGUGUCUUAAGGAAUGCCUCGUCUACGCCUUCAUUGAAUAAGAAAAAAGUGUUAUUUGAUAUGGACGCUAUUCAAAUGAAAUCUAUAAGUGCAUCACCGUCUCAAAGUUUAGGUGAAAAAAAUAGUGAAAAGUACACUUUGGGGAUUAUCAAUUUGGAUGCAGAAGAUACGGACUUGUCUAGCGUUGAACGCGAGGAAGUAAUAAACACAAAAAUUCGGGUAUCGUCUCGUGUCACGCCAAAAAUAGAAGAAUUAAAACAGGCUAUUGAAUCGCAAAUGGCGCACAGAAUUAAAUCACCAAGCACCGCAUUAGCUGGUAGUAUCAAUGUUUUGCCAAUACCCACACCUAUGGUAAGGACUAGCUUAGGAGGCAGCAAUACAAGUUUAGGUAGUUCUAUACUCGACGAUAGUGAAAAUUUACCGGUCACUAAUAGGAAGGGAUUAAGAAAAGAGGAGAAGACUGACGAGAAUGAGAUUGAUAUUUCAGAUUUUUUGGCGGAUGACAAAAGCGACAGCAAAUUUUAA